AACCCGCCAUCGAUUCGGCGCAAACCCUAAAUCCCAACUUGGCUCCCGACAUUUCCCUCCGAUGCUAUGCUGGCAGCUCCAAACAUGCGCCUACUUCGAUCCCUCCAUCUCUGCAAAACCCUUCGCCAUCUCUCUUCCCAGAACCCUAACCCAUGCUUGAAAUUUCCUAAGAGAUAUAACUCUGGCUUCGCUGCGGCCGGCGAGUUCGCCUGGUCCGGUUUGCCGGGAGAGUCCUCUGCUCAGCAAACCCCCGCCGUUCAGACCGUUUUUGAUCCCGUAUCCGGCCGUCUUGUCACCAAGCACGAUUCUAAGGGCGGGAAAGGCACUGAGCCCGAUGUUGACGAAGAUAAUUUUACUUCCACUACUCAAGUGGGCUCUAGAGUGUACGGAGAUGUAAUAGGAAAUGGGAUUGGCGUUAAGAGGCCGGGAAAGAGUAGGAGUGUUUAUGUUUGCGAGAAUUGCGGGUAUUCGGAUGGUCAAUGGUGGGGCAUGUGUAGGCAAUGUCAGAAAACGGGAUCCAUGAAGCGGCUUACCCUCGAAGGUGCUGCUGGGGAGAAAGCGAGCAGGAUCAGGUUGAGGGAGAAUGUGACGAGAUCAUCUUGGCUUCCUAGAGAGACGGUUACUCAGAACCCUGUCAAAUCGAGCGAUGUGUGUUCUCAGAUUGAUGAGUUAAAAUGGAGAAUAACUUUGCCAGGACCAUCUGGAGCUGAAAUGGAGAGGGUUCUUGGUGGUGGUAUAGUCCCAGGUUCCCUAAUAUUAGUGGGUGGAGACCCUGGUGUUGGUAAAAGCACAUUAUUGUUACAGGUUGCUGCAUUGAUAGCAAAAGGAAAUGCUAUUGCUGGUGAUCCGCCCAAUCGAGUUAUAUAUGUAUCUGGGGAAGAGAGUGUUGAACAAAUUGGAAAUAGAGCUAGCCGUCUGGGUCUCGACUCUGAUGAACUUUUUCUUCAUGCUAGUACAGAUGUGGAGGAUAUUCUUGAACAGACUAAGCGCCUUUCAGCAAAGGCUUUAAUUGUUGAUUCUAUUCAAACAAUGUAUUUGCAAGGAGUGCCCGGAAGCGCUGGAGGAGUCCCACAGGUGAAAGAAUGCUCUGCAGCCCUACUAAGGUUUGCUAAGAACACUGGGAUUCCGGUACUUUUGAUUGGGCAUGUGACCAAAGCAGGGGACAUAGCUGGACCUCGUGUUUUGGAGCACAUUGUAGAUGUUGUAUUAUAUAUGGAAGGUGACAAGUGUUUAUCUCAUCGAUUGCUUCGAUCAGUGAAGAAUCGGUUUGGAUCUACAGAUGAGCUUGGAAUUUUCAGGAUGACACAGUCAGGGUUGGAGGGAGUGUCCAAUCCCAGUGAGAUCUUCUUAAGUGAGCAGCACUCCGAUUCAGACUACCUAGCUGGCCUGGCAGUAACCGUUAUUAUAGAUGGAUCCCGGGCAUUUUUGAUUGAAAUUCAGGCAUUAUGUAUAGCUGGGUCGCCUAGCUACAUGCAUGCAAAUGGCAUUCAAAACAGCAGAGCUGCUAUGCUUAUUUCAGUUAUUAGAAAGCAGGCCAGACUUAAUCUCCAAGACAAUGCUAUAUUUCUGAACGUUGUUAGCGGGGUUACCCUAACAGAGACAGCUGGGGAUUUAGCAAUGGCAGCAGCAAUUUGCAGCAGCUUCUUGGAAUUCCCCAUACCAAAAGGCAUAGCUUUUAUUGCUGAAGUCGGUCUUGCUGGUGAACUUCGUGGAGUACCUCAAAUGGAGAAGAGGGUGAACACCUUGGCAAAGUUGGGGUACAAGAAGGCCAUAGUUCCCAAGUCUGCUCAGAAAGCUUUGUUGGAACUAAAAAUUGAGGGCAUUGAGAUUUUGGGAUGCAAGAACUUGAAAGAGAUGAUAUAUGCUGUUUUCAACACAUGAUCAUGAUGAAUAUCAACUCGUGGAAGAGGUAGGUAUUGAUAGAUAUUGCGUCCCUCUAUGCCUACUUGUGUGUGUAAAGGUAGAGCUUGAUUGAACUGCCCUUCACUUCACUAAUUUCCUCUAAUUGACCUUGAAGAAGGAUGGUUUUGUCUGUUAGGAGUUGCUUCUUCCUUAGUUGGAUUUUAGCUAUUAGGUGUUUUAUGUGUGUAAUAUGGUAUGUACGUACGUAUUUGUAUAAAUGUAUUUUGUAGCUUGCAGCCGUAGAGUACAGAAUUUGUUGAUAUUUAUUACGUUGUCACGCCAAUUUUCAUGGACAAAACGUUUGCUUGCAAGUCUAUCAUUCCCUGUCGUCCCGGGACAUAUUAUCUA